AUGCUAGAGCAAAGUGCUUCAUCGCCAUAUGGCAUCCGGCGCCUCCCUUCGUUUCGAAAUUUUGAGAUCCCGCAACUUCCCUUCCAACAUCUCCCGAGCAACUUUGGUCGCACUUGGUCUCUAACAGGCUCAUACAGAGGCAUUGUUAGAGAACAGAGGUCAGAGGGCGAUCUCGAACGACAAGAAUUCGAGAGACUGACCGAGGUCAAUGAAAUUGAUGAGCCAGACAUCAAGCCCGAACCCGACGAAACUGUUGAUCCUAGCUUGGUAACAUGGUCAUCUGAAGACGAUCCAACCAAUCCCUUGAACUGGCCCAACCGACAAAGAUGGACAGCCACUCUCUUAGUCGCAUGCUUCACAUUCAUCUCGCCUCUCGCAUCAACCAUGAUUGCACCUUCCCUCGACACCAUCGGGGAAGACUUCAACAUCACGAAAGAUUCUGAAAAGGCCCUCGUCAUGACCAUCUUCUUACUCGCUUAUGCAAUCGGUCCCUUCCUGAUUGGACCCCUCUCAGAAAUAUUCGGACGUGUCGUCGUGCUUCAAGGUGCUAACCUUGUAUUUCUUCUCUUCAACACUGUUUGUGGAUUUGCUCGGUCCAAGGAGCAGAUAUUGGCGUUCAGAUUUCUGAGUGGUCUCGGGGCUAGUGCUCCACAAGCCAUCGGAGGAGGCGUCAUCUCAGACUGCUGGCGCGCUGAAGAGCGCGGCAAAGCCAUCGCCAUUUACAGCCUCGCACCCUUCCUCGGUCCUUCACUAGGUCCUAUUGCUGGUGGUCUGAUUACCCAAAAUACCACAUGGCGUUGGGUAUUUUGGGGUACAUCCAUUCUCGAUCUCUUCGUUCAAAUCCUCGCUACGCUCUUCCUCCACGAAACAUACCCUCCCAAGAUCCUCGCUGUGAAAGUGAAGAAGUUGAUCCAAGAGACGGGUAAUGCUGCCUUACAUACGAAAUGGCAGAACCCCGACCAUACCUUCGGACACAUCAUGAGAAAGAAUCUGGUUAGGCCGUUCGUGAUGCUUGCAACACAGCCAACUAUCCAGCUCAUGGCUUUGUAUCGAGCCUACGUCUACGGAUUGAAAUACCUGGUCCUCUCCACAUUCCCCAUGGUCUUUGAACAAACCUACAACAUGUCUAUCGGUGACGCCAGUUUAAACUACCUCUCCCUCGGCGUUGGAUUUGUAAUCGGCCUCCAAAUCUGCGCUCCCAUGAUUGACAAAGUGUACAUCCGCCUCAAACGACACUACAACUGCCCCGGCCGACCCGAGUUCCGUAUUCCACUCAUGCUUCCCGGGGGCCUCCUCGUUCCCAUUGGCCUGCUCAUCUACGGCUUCACAGCGCGCUCCUCAAUCCACUUCAUCGUUCCCAACAUCGGCGCGGCAAUCUUCGCCUGCGGCUGCAUAAUCUCGUUUCAAUGUGCUCAGGCAUAUGUCGUUGAUGCAUAUACCACUUAUGCAGCGAGUGCAACUGGUGCAGCGGCUUUUGUGAGGACAAUUGCUGGGUUUGGAUUUCCGCUUUUUGCGGGAAAGUUGUAUGGGAGUCUUGGGGUGGGAUGGGGGAAUGCAGUAUUAGCUUUUGUGGCGUUGGGGAUAGGCAUUCCGGCACCUAUUCUGUUUUGGAGGUAUGGGGAGAGGAUACGGGCGAGGAGUACGUAUUGUGCUGGAUGA